AUGUCUAUUUUCAUAAAAGUCGGUGCUUAAGUUUAAAUAUCCAAGUAAAAAAAUUCGUCUCUAACCCUAACUCUCUCAUCUUCACCUUCGAUGCCCCGAGAUCUCUCCAUCUCCAGUUCUGUCGUUCUCUGUCCCUCUCCAUACCUUCGACGAAAGUAGAAGAAGCUCGUCGGCGACUUUGUUCGUCGCGGAAGUCUGUCUCUCCAUCUCUCUCGGCUGCUCUCUCCCGCGAAUCCUCGCUUCUGCUGCUUCAAAUUAUUGCCGUCGACAACACUCUCGAGCGACUUGUACCUCUCAGACUAUACGUGAACUACGCCCUGCAGAAACCCAUCAAAAACCAGAAUUCUCGUAUCAUUUUCACUCUUAAUACAAUCAAGUGCUGCCUCUUCCUCUUGAGAAGGAAUGAUUUUCUGCAUCACAUUUUGACAUUUUUUACAAUGUCGGGGUUACUUAAUUCUUCUCUCAAUGGAUCUGCUUCAAAUCUUCCAGACAGUGCUGGACGAUCUUUUGCUACUUCCUUUUCUGCUCAGUCUGGUGCAGCCUCGCCCGUUUUUCAUCAUGCUGGUACCAUUCAGGGGCUUCAUAACUCGUAUGGGAGUUAUAAUGUUCCCAACAUGCCAGGUACACUUACGUCAAGAAGCUCAACAAUAAAUAUUCCUUCUGGUGGGGUACAACAACCUACUGGAAGCCUUUCUAGUGGACGAUUUGCAUCAAAUAAUCUUCCAGUUGCUCUUUCUCAGGUAUCUCAUGGCAGUUCACAUGGACACUCAGGUGUCACAAAUAGAGGAGGCAUUAGUGUUGUAGGAAGCCCUGGAUACAGUAGUAGUACAAAUGGAGUUGGUGGCUCAAUUCCUGGGAUUCUCCCAACCUCUGCCACAAUCGGCAACCGCAAUGCUGUUCCUGGAUUGGGGGUAUCUCCAAUUUUGGGAAAUGCGGGUCCUCGCAUGGCAAGCUCUGUGGGGAACAUAGUUGGUGGGGGAAGCAUCGGGAGGAGCAUAAGCUCGGGUGGAGGAUUAUCCAUCCCUGGUCUUGCUUCUCGUCUAAAUUUAUCCUCCAAUAGCGGAUCUGGAAAUAUAAAUGUGCAGGGACCGAAUAGAUUAAUGAGCGGUGUGCUUCAACAAGCAUCUCCACAGGUAAUUUCUAUGCUAGGAAAUUCCUAUCCUACUGCUGGAGGCCCACUAUCUCAUAACCAUGUCCAAGCGGUGAAUAAUCUGAGCUCUAUGGGAAUGUUAAAUGAUGUGAACUCAAAUGACAAUUCUCCCUUUGACAUAAAUGAUUUCCCUCAGUUGACUAGUCGUCCUAGUUCUGCUGGAGGGCCUCAAGGACAAUUGGGUUCGUUGCGGAAACAGGGUCUAGGUGUUAGUCCUAUUGUUCAACAAAACCAAGAGUUCAGCAUUCAAAAUGAAGAUUUUCCUGCUUUACCAGGUUUUAAAGGUGGUAAUGCUGAUUAUGCUAUGGAUUUGCACCAGAAAGAACAACUUCAUGAUAAUGCUGUGUCCAUGUUGCAAUCUCAGCACUUCUCGAUGGGGAGGUCUGCUGGAUUCAAUUUAGGGGGAACAUUUUCAUCUCAUCGUCCACAGCAACAGCAGCAACAUCCUCCUGCAGUCAGUAAUAGUGGUGUCUCAUAUUCACCAGUAAACAAUCAGGAUCUUCUUCAUUUACAUGGCUCUGAUAUGUUCCCCUCUUCACAUUCCGCGUAUCAUUCACAGACUGGUGGACCACCUGGCCUCGGAUUAAGGCCUCUGAAUUCUCCAAAUACGGUUUCUGGUAUAGGUUCUUAUGAUCAGCUUAUCCAGCAAUAUCAACAACAGCAGAAUCAAUCCCAGUUUCGCCUGCAACAAAUGUCUGCGAUCAAUCAGCCGUACAGGGAUCAGAGUGUGAAGUCCAUGCAGGCAGCACAAGCUGCUCCUGAUCCUUUUGGUUUGCUGGGGUUGUUAAGUGUAAUAAAGAUGAGUGAUCCUCAUCUGACGUCUCUUGCACUUGGUAUUGAUCUCACUACUCUUGGUUUAAAUUUGAACUCAGCAGAGAAUCUUCACAAGGCUUUUGGUUCGCCAUGGUUUGAUGAGCCUGCCAAGGGUGAUCCAGAAUUCAGUGUGCCACAGUGUUAUUUUGCUAAACAACCACCGCCUUUGCAUCAAGGUUAUUUCUCCAAGUUUCAGGUGGAAACAUUAUUUUACAUAUUUUACAGUAUGCCAAAAGAUGAAGCGCAAUUGUAUGCUGCUAAUGAACUUUAUAACAGAGGCUGGUUCUACCACAGAGAGCACCGGCUAUGGUUUGUUAGGGUCUCAAACAUGGAGCCACUUGUUAAGACAAACACUUAUGAACGGGGAUCAUAUCUCUGUUUUGAUCCGAACACGUGGGAAACAAUUCGAAAGGUUUGUCCUGAUCAACAUAUUUGUUAUUUAAUUUGUUUGCUUUUCUAUUAUUAUUAUUUCAUCUGGAAGUAUUGUUGGUUUUACCAGUUUUAGUUCCUUCAACGAGUCUUAUAAAUCCAAUUGCAGGAUAAUUUUGUUGUUCAUUACGAGAUGUUGGAAAAAAGACCAGCUCUACCUCAACAUUGACAUGUAUUUUCGGUUUGCAUUGUAAAGUUAACAGUUGAUGGUGCAUAUCCAUUAGCGUGUAGUUUGCAGCUUUGAUUUUUUUUUUUUUUUUUACUUUUUUUGUUGAUUUUUAAUUUGGCAAUUAGUAAGCAAUUGUUACAUGGAACUGUGUUCCAGUGAUUAGUCAUUUUAGUCAUUUUAUUCUCCCCAAAAAGUAAAUACAGAAUGAUGAGUGCUAAUAUGAGAAAGCUUUAGAA